AUGUGGUGGUUCCAGCCGCGGAAAGCUGAGGUAAUCCUGGAGGUGCGGAUCAGCGUGACUGCCUUAAAGCUAAGCGUUCGCCUGCAUUUCCGCUUUGCCCAAGAACUUGCUGGGAGCACCGAGAUCCUACAAGCUACCCUCUACCUGUUCUGGACAGUCCCUGGCCCCGGGACGCAUCCUGUCACCGUGAGACUCCUGCAGCCAGACCCGACGGGGCUGAACAGGACCGUGGCCAGUGAGACACAGCUGGAGGUCCAGCGCCGUGGCAUUGACUGCAGUGGGGACUCUCAGAUGUGCUGCCGCCAGGAAUUCUUCGUGGACUUCAAGGAGAUCGGCUGGGAGGACUGGAUCAUCCAGCCGGAGGGUUAUCACAUGAACUACUGCGCAGGGCUCUGUCCCCUGCACAUGGCUGGCAUCCCCGGCCUCGCUGCCUCCUUCCACACGGCUGUUCUCAACCUCCUCAAAGCCAACAAUGCCGACGCGGCCGUGGACUCCUGCUGUGUCCCCACACAGCGUCGCCCCCUCUCUCUGCUCUACUAUGACCGAGACAGCAACAUCGUGAAGACCGACAUCCCCGACAUGAUUGUCGAUGCCUGUGGUUGCACCUGA